AGGCUCCACUCCGCCCGCACUCGCCUAUAUAAAGCCCCAUUUUUCUCUCAAGAUAUUUCUUACUUCGGAUACUUCACUUUACUUUUGGUCAAGCAAGUGAUAGAUCAUCAACAAAAUAAUGGGUUCUUUACUGUCAGGAUGGGAUUCUCCUACAUCUGAUCCUUCAUCAGUUAUACUUAAAAGAAAUCGGUCACUUACUAAAGAAGAGAUUGAAGCUUUCUGGAGAUCAAAAAGGAAAACAGAGGAAGAGCAUCUUAAUGCUAUAUAUGGUUCACCAGAUAGUUGCAAUCAGCAGUAUGGAAGGGAAUAUAUGAGAUCAAGCUCCAUGCCUAUACCAAAUAGAAACCAGGGUUUCAUAGACAUGGACACAGAAACAAGCCUGGAAAAUAUCGUAAAGCAAAGUGGGUGGUGGACAAGGAGCACUUGGGCAUUCUUGAAUGAACCUCCAGUUCUUGACCGCCCUACAAACAAUUACCAACCACAGUUCCAUGUUGCCAGCCUCGCUACUUCAAAGUUUAACAAAAAUUCUGGAAUCAGUGCUAAUUAGUGUUUUUAACUCCUAAUGGUAUCUUAUGUGGGUGUAUUUAUCUACUUAAUCUGUUUAUAUAGAACAUAAUAUUACUGAGAUAAUAUGCUGGUUUGUGCGUGUUGAGUGUGUCAUGGUUUUGAAUCUGUACAAAGUAUAGAGAGAGGACUAAAUUAGUGAUAGUAGUGUGGGGAUGAAUCUGUUGCAAGUAUUGGUCUCUAGGUUCCUUUGACAGCUUAAGAUUUGCUAAGCUUUUGUGCUGUAUACAGAUCUGUAUGACGGAAUUUUCUUCUA